CCCUUUCCAUUAUUAGUCGCAUGCUGAAUUGUCCUGAGUUCCCAUUUAUGAUCCGGAAUGCUAUUAAUAACGUACUGUGUACGGCAAUGCAGUAUUUUUACUUCUAUAGUAUUUGUUAUGUUUGGCAGAUUUUCUUCAAGAAUGCAUUGGUUGAGAUCAUAAAGCAAAAGCGUGAUUCAGUCUGGGAGCAAAUGUCACAAAAUAAGAUCCCGUGGAAAUUUCGAGAUUAAAGCAAGCCAUUAGGCUAGUUGUGUUCAUUUGUGACCUCAAAUAACAAGAAAAAUGAUGUUGCCAAGUAUGCAACCUGUCAGGUGCCGUUUUUGGGGGGGGGGGGUAAAGGAAUGACGUUUCUCCUCCUGCAUGGAAACGAGGCUCUAUAAUGAAAACAGGAGUAACUUUUUACGUUUGUUGAUCAAAUCAUUUCAAACGUGCAGGAUAAGUUGGGGAUCACAUAUAAGACAAUCUAAAAUUCAUGUUACUAGCACAGCAUGGAGGCGAGGCUGUCUGGAUUAUUUAAAAAAAUAUUUUUUAACAAUAAAUAAUAAAUUAUAGCUAAAGCUUCGUUUUAAGCACUGUUUAAGAUGGAAAAGCUUAAUUGGAGUACCAGUAAUGCUAUAUUGCUGCUUUUGUAAGAAAAAGGUGCUAGGACGGGCAUUUAUUAAUUGUUUUGUCUGAAAAACCACAGGGAUCCCAACUCAAAGAAAUAGUGUAAAACACGGAGAUAACAUAUUUUAAGUUUUCAUUGCAAAAUCGACUGGCGAAAUAACAUAUGCAAUAGAUGCACUAGGUCUGGGCACAAUAAGUAAGUUUUCAGUCCAACUGGUCAGCGGUAACUAUCAUCAAAACUGGGGUCCGUCAUGUUUUCUUUAUGGCAUCUGUAAGUAUGCCCCCUUUUACUUUCAUAUAAAAAGCUAUUUUUCAAAACAAGAUCUGGACACAACACUUUGUAUUAUAUGCCAAAAAGUAGCGGAAGAAGGCUUAGUUGAGAAUCAUGAAAAGGUACUUGAUUUUCUAUGCGAGUGGAACAGUUAUAAGGAUUCACGAUUUUCAGAAGCUUGGUUGCUUUUGGAGAAGUACACUGCUGAGCAGUUGUUGGCUGAGCAUGCAUCGUGGCACAGGAAGUGCUUUCAAGAUGCUACGCAUGUUAGUAAAUAAAAGAGAGCGAAAGAAAGGUUUAACAGAGAGCAGGACGAUUGUACAGUCAAGAGAAAAUCGAGAUCAACGCCCCAGUGGUUUACAAGAUCGCAGACGGUGCCACUAGACAGGGAAACAUGUUUUUUCUGCGAUCAGAGUCCUACUUACCGCGAAAACCUCCACUCUGUAAGCACAACAGAAGCAGGUCAAGCAAUUGGUAAAGCUACCGAGAUUAGUGGGGAUGAGAAGUUAAUGAUAAAGCUGUCUACAGCUAUCGAUACAAGCGAUGCGCACGCUAUUGAUAUCAAGUACCACAAUAAACGCUAUACAAUGAACGUGACUAAUGUACUGAGACGGAGACCAAGUACGUCUGUAGAGCAAUAAAGAACUUUCAUUGCAGCGCAGAUUGAGUUCUUGGACAUAGCAGAGAGGAUUUUGAAAGAAGGAAAGCUUACUAAUAUGGCGAAGAUGGAGGACACAAGAAUAUUAUAGGGGAAAAUAAUGUCGAGAAUCCCCUCUCAAAUAGGAAGUCAAUUAAGCGACUUUUACAAAUGAAAUAUGCGGUAUUGAUUCCAUAAGCCUUUAAGAAAGAAUGAAUCAGAACGUGUUUCGGUAAAAGAAACAAGGGAUGCCUCAAUAUUGUCAAUUAAGGAGGAUCAUUCUAAAACAACUCAGCUGAAGUCUCUUUAUGAAGCAGCUAUGAUCCUCAGGAAGUCCAUCAAUAAAAGCGAGCAGGGGGAGUUCAGUGGGAAGUUAGAUGACAUCAAUGAAUCUCAAAUGCCAAAUGAACUUUGCUGUUUUUUUCGUUGGAUCAUUCAAGGACCUAAGGACUUCACAUCAGACGACAAGUCAUCUGAAGUGCAUAAGCGUGCACUAAGCCUUGCCCAAACCACUAUGUCAUUGACUCUGACGGAACGUCAAGUGAGGAAUACAAAGUCUGAGGUAAUACAUGUUGCAAGAGUCAUGCCUCAGCAGCUCGCCAUUGGCAUAGCAGUUCACCAGGCUAUCAGAAGCAAAGAUAUAAUAAAUUUCCUCCAUGGUUUUGGUAUGUCCGUAGAAUAUAAUAAGAUCUUAAGAGUGGAAGCUCAGAUAGAAAAUAACGUGCUUCAGAGAAUGCAGCAAAAUGGCGGAACAUAUCUCUCUCCAGACAUCAUUCUUGGGAGGCGCGUGUUCUUCGCAGCAGACAACGUGGACUUUGCUGGAGAUACUCCAGACGGAAAGAGGAAUCUUCACGGGACAGCCAUGGCAAUCUACCAAAAGACCCACCCAGAAGACGUGACACCAGAGCUAAGGCUUGAUAGCAAUAUGCGGCAGCUGGAAAAGUUUAAGAAGGCGACGCAGGUCAAAAUGUGGCAGCAAACGAUGGCGUCGACUCUAUCCACUGCUCUGCUACUCCAGUUAGGUCAGAGAAUAACUCCCCUCUCCAAGAGACCCAACCUGGCCCCCCAGAGACGAUAGCCCCUGAAGCGGGACAAGACGAUGCCGCAAAGAUGAUGUCGACUUUAUCCGCAGCUCUGCAAUUCCAGUUAAUUCAGAAGAUAACUCCCUUCUACAAGAGACCCAGUCUGACCCCCCAGAGACCAGACUCUCUGUAAUGGGACAGGACGAUGCCUCAAAUGAUGACGUCGACUAUAUCCGCAGCUCUGCUAUUCCAUUCUGGUCUGGGUAUAACUCCCUAAUCCACGAGACACAGCCUGUCACACGGAUCUCCUCCACUGAUAGCAGCCCCCGCACAUGAGUGGAGUACCUUACUCACUGUGCUCAUGCAAGCACAAGGAAUCACCACUAACGUAAUGGGUCCUGGGCAGAAGACCGUGAUUUCCUUAGACAUGGGUUUAUACCAGCCCGCGAAAAAGCUUCAAAUGGCUAGAAAUGACCUGAAUGAUAUAAUUCUUCGUCCCGGUGAGCUCCAUAUCCUAAUGGCUGUGCUACGAACAAUAGGUUCUUACAUUGAGAACAGUGGAGUUGACCUAUGCUGGGUUGAGUCGGACUUGUAUGGCCCUACAACGUGAAGAGGGAAGAGGCAGCCCACAUGGUAACUCUACAAGCGCCGUUUUCGUUAUACCAUAAAGCAUUCAUAGCUAAACAAGAUGCAGCAAUGGUAAAGCAAAUCGGAGAAUGUGCAAAACAGCUCGAAGAUGCAUGCUUAAGCGGAAGCAUGGUAGAAGUUAGAAAUGCUGAUAAGAAAAUGGAAGACAAAGUCAAGUCUCUAGAUGUAAUUGGCAAGAUGGAAUAAUGUUCAAUAAUGUUGGAAUGAUGGAAUGAUGUUCAAUAAUGAUCACAAGGACAAUGCUGAAUUCCAGGUCUUCUUAAACUACAUGCGUAUGGUUAUGGAGAUGCUACUUUUCGUGAGAGCUGUCCGAACAGGGGACUGGAAGCUUCAUCUUACAUCACUCGAGCUACUUACAAAGUACUUCUUUGCACAUGACCGCUUGAACUAUGCAAGAAUGGUUCCCCUAUACUUGCCAGAAAUGCAAAUGCUAGAGGCUACAGACCCGGCAAUAUAUCAAGAGUUCAUGGAGGGCAAUUGGAUUGUCAACAAGAAUCCUAAUGUGUCGUUUUGUGCUGUAGGAGCGGACAAUGCCCUAGAGCAAAUAAACCGCUCUAUGAAGGUCUCAGGAGGGCUGGUCGGAAUCACAUUGAAUCCGACUGCACGUGCAAAGUUUUUUUCUUAUUGCACCAGAGCUUGCACGUCUAUCUGAAGAGGCUAAAGAGAUGGCUGGAACAACAUCAGCGCAUGAAGGUACCCACCACCACACACUAACAGCAUCUGUUCUUUCUCGAGAAGAGGGAAACAUCCAGAAGUUGUUGACAACAAUGGAGGCCUUCACCAAUCCCUUCGAUACAGACAGCACUGACCUGUUUAACCUUGUUACAAAGGUCGUUGUGCCAGCAGCAGUGAGAGCAGACCUUUUAGAUAUUUUUUUAUGACAUUGGACAAGAAAUGUUCCAAUCGUUUGUGGAGGACCGCAUCAAGUCACAAAAGAUACAUGUUUGGUCGCCAAUGAAAAAAAAGAAAUCUGAAAACAUGGCGAACAGCUUCAAAGAAGGUCAAGGUUAAAAUUGGUAAAGAGACUGUAGAACUGAAAGAGGACAGGAGCCUUUUUACUCGAAUGAUGGUUGUGUGUAAAAGUCGACCUGAGGUGGACAUCGAAGAGGCUGUUGGCACUUACGAAUUUUCUGUGGUUCCUCGUGCGAUGUUCGCGGCCGAUGGAACGAUGCUCCGCUGUCGAGCAAAUAGUGCCCUGAUGCCCCUGCUAGAGAAACUACCAACGCACCUCAUGGAAACAACAAGUCCGAAGUUUAAUCCUUGGAUAAGCCUGAAUGGAUCCGAAACUGCUCACAGCUCGCAGAUCACUUCAACAGUCGCUUAAUGGAGAAGUAGGACCAUGGAAAUGAUGAGAUCCGAGUUAUCUUCGACCGAUACGAUCUACCGUCAUCUGUAAAAGAGGCUACUCGUGUCAAGCGACAAGGGUGUGAAGUCCCUAUUCACUAUCGCAUCACACCAUCAACUCUCAUCACAAAGCUUACAAUGAACAAACUUCUUGCACAUGCAGAUACAAAGAAGGAGUUAGCGGAGUUCAGAAAACCAUCGAACAUGCCGCACAGAAUGGGAAAAGGGUUGCCAAUGUAAGGGAACAGAGAAUGACAUGUCAUACCUCAACAGCAAUCAUGAAGAAGCUGAUACGAAGAUCAUGCUGCACGCACUCAACGCCACAGCCUGUGGUGCAACUGAGAUACGGAUCCACUCUCCUGAUACAGAUGUGUUCAUUCUUGCCCUUAGGAGGUAUCCUGACCUUUGCGCUAACACCUUGUUUAUUACUGGUAAGGGCCAGCACCACCUGCAAAUCAAGCUGCAGCCAAUAGUCCGCGCUCUUGGUCCCGUCAAGACUGCUGCCCUACCAGCCUUCCAUGCCCUAUCUGGGUCUGAACACAGGAUCCUUCGCUUCCAAGGGAAAGCCAAAAUGCUGGAAAGUAUUCUGUGAAGCCAGUGAGGAGGUACUUGCCGCGAUUUCUAAUCUUAGGACGGGCAACUAUCUAAGUGUGCAGUCACAGCUCGCAGUAGAGAAGCUUGUAUGUCAGAUCUUCCUGCCGCAGACGGAAAUUGUGAGUGUCAAGGCACUAAGGUGGUGGCUAUUAAAGAAAAAGCAGGAAAGAUCGGAACGGCUGCCCCCCACAUCUGCUGCCUUAAAGCAGGCCAUCCUUCGGUCACACUACCAGUUUCUGGUAUAGAACAACGACAUAGUCGCUAACCCUGUGCUCCCAUCACCAAGUGAAUAUGGCUGGAAGUGGCAAGACGCCGAGAAGAUCUGGGUCCCUGUGAUGACAGAUCUACCACCUGCACCAGAAGCCAUUAUCCAUCUAGUCAGGUGCGGGUGCGCAAAGGAAAGGUGUAUCAACCAACGCUGCAAGUGCAGAAAGUCUGGUCUAGGCUGCACAGAUCUAUGCAGUUGCUGUGACGAUGGGGAGGAAUGUGAAAACGUUGUAAGAGAUGGGGACACAGACAAGAUUACGGAUUCUGAAGACUGUGAAGAUGGAAUGUGAAGAUGACCGCUCAGAUAUGCAUAGUUAUUAAUGAAUACCCAAUGUUUGGUAGCAAUUAUAGAAAGGCAUCACUGCAAGAGUAGAGGAGACUGUUCACAGGCUUGACUUGUCCAUACAGAUAUGACAGUAUGAUUUUGAUGAGAGAGUGUUACACCACACCUGUCAUUACUUGAAUAUAUUUCAAAAGAUAGCGUAAAACAAA